UGUGAAAAACACAUGAGAAAGUGGCGAUUUUUGUAGUUCAGCAGAAGUUUACAGUAUUUUUUAAGACAUAGAAAUCUUAACGAAUCUGGAUGUGGUUAUUGAUAUUCUUUAUUUAUCAGUUUCAAAUGCGGGAUACCUGAAAAGGAUACAAAACUUUCUCGGAGCGUUUCAUCUUGCUGUUAAAAUGUCUCUGUUUCUUGUUAACAGGUAUCUCGGAGAGGAGGACAAUGGGAGCGUGUCAAAGGAGUCUCGGUCUCAGGCGUUACUGGCUAAGCUGCAGCAGAAGGCCAAAGAGAAGCAGAAGCAGAGUUUGACAGAACAGAGACAGAAACAGCCGCCUAAAGAACAGACAGAACAGCAGGACGGCAGAAAGAAAAGAAAAGCUGAUAAGGAAGGCAGUGACGAUCCUCGACAGCAUAAAAAGAAGAAAUCAGAAGGAGUGCCUUUGUUUGUCUCAGACUCUGAUCGCCAUGAUGCGCCUGUCAAAGAGGAGAAGAAGAAGAAGAAGAAGACAGGUGCAGAUAAGAAACAGAAGAAGAAAAAGUCAGGUGUGUGUGCUUGUUUUUGUUCUUUAUGUAGACACCAAACUGGGCUAUAUAUUCAUAUACUCACAUCAUUUAUAUGAUGUGUUAUGAUAUGACAUUUUGUUACCGUUACAUUGUGCUUUGUGCCUUUUAGAGUCCGACUGAUAUUUUGGCAUUAUCGAUAUUAUCAGCUGAUUUUAGCUUACCGUAAGUCGUAAGAAAUGGUGGUAUAAAAAUUUCAUGAUAUCUGCUUGAAUGUUUAUCACCGAGACCUAUUUUUAUACUUUUUACAUGGAAUGUAUUGCUGUCGUUUUUUUAUUUUUAUUGUUUGUUUUUAUGUUCUUGGGGCAUGUCUUUCAUGUAUUUUAUGAUGAAACUGAAGGCAAAGUUUCACAUUUGUGGGCAAUAAAGUUUUUGUAAAAAAAGAAAAAAAUCUGU